CGUUUGUUUGAAAUUCCAAAGCACUUGGCUGUCAAGUUUGUAGUCGCACAUACACGUACAAUCCGUAGAAUUUUGUUAGAUUGUUUUUCGUUUGAAUAUCUUUACAAAAUAUUCAACAAUAAUGCUAAGUAAUUGGGUGAUUGGAUCGGAAAAGGUGGUGCUGUUUGUUGACAACAAUUCAUAUGAACCAUUUGCAAAAGAUCUGAUACAGUCGGUGGCCGGUUCAUCACCAGUCGUCUUUUAUCCAAAAACAAAUGACACUCCAGUGAUUGGACCAAAUUUUAAAGCGGACAUUUGUGAAAUUCUUGCAACAGCAGAAAAAUCAAAUAUUGUACUCCCACCAAUUGCCAAACUUCAGCUCACAAAUAGCAUAGCAGAUAUUGUGCAAUUGGUUCAUUACUUAAAACAAUGUUCAAAAGUGAAGCAAAUUUUCAUUUGGUGUUCCACAAAAAAUAUAAAAGACGAGAAAGUCAUUCCAUUUCUGCAAUACAUGGCAAAUAUUGAAGUGUUUCUGAACAAUGCGAGCGAAUUACAAAUAUUGACCAAACGAAAUACGGGCUCGAUUACAAGAAAGGUCUAUCAAUACACAAUAGCUUCAAAUUAUGAAAUAUCGGUACGAGAAAAGGUGAAAGAAACAACAAAAAAGCAAAAUACAGCACCAGCCAUCGAUCCAGAAUCAUUGGCCACGUUUAAGAUAUCGGCUGGCAGUGGCGAGCAAGCAUCAAGGGACGCAUUGAAAUUGCCAUACGAAAGACAAUCGAAUGCACCCCAAACUGGUCAAAUUCACUAUGAACCCGAUUUAGAUGAUGAUUUUGACGAUGAAGAUCCAGACGAAGAUUUGAAUAUUUAAUGAGAAAAUGUGCCUUAAGAUACUGUCAUACCAUUUAAGAAAUGAU